UGAAAUGCAUUUUUAUAAUUGUGAUUGCAAUAAUAAUUUGCACAAAAUUUGAAAAGUAAAGAAAUUAAAAACUGUAAUAAUUGUAAACUCACAAAUUCAAAUUCAAGCCAGCGUUUAAUAUGUGUAAAGUCUGUUUGUAAAUGGAAAUUGUUCAUAGGUACAUACGAACAAAACAAGACUGCAUUAUAUCCAAAUGUGCAUUCGUACGUCUUUAAGCAAUAAGAUUCUAGUUUUUCUUCUUUGACUUUGCUAGUCGAAGAAAACUGUUGCGCAGAGCUCAGAAAGCUAAGUCGUUUGGAAAAGAUGUCGAGGUAGUUGGACUAAACAAAGUGACUCAGUCGACAAAAACAGUUAAAAUUUCUGUGAAUUGCAUCUUAAUCCAUAAAUUUUUGGCGUAUAUUGGUUGCAAAAUAUCACAAAUAUUAGAAUAUUAGGCCAUAGUAAUGGCUAUGAACAAUUUAUCAAUUGAUGGCGAGUUCCGUUACAUCAUACAGUGGUUUAACGAGUGGAGUGAGUUGCAACGCGAUGACUUUGUACCGGUGAUGUUAGAGUAUCUACAGCAGGGAGGCCCUAACGAGGUUUAUAUGAACGGCAUUGUAAAUUCUGUGUCCCAAAGCAGCAUUCAAGAUAAGCCAAUGAGUUUAUUCCAAUGCAGGAUAAAACUCUUCCGCGAGUGGAACAAAAAAUGGCCUGCAGAAUUAAAAUUGAAGUUGCAGGAAAAAGUUACCGAAAUAGAUUCGAAAGUGGGCGAAAAGAUCACAAACGAAAUUACGCCUAAUGCUAACGAACAUGUGAAUGGUUGUAACGGCGAUACAGUCGCGGCAGAAACAGGCGAUGAAGUUAAUGAAGAAAAUGCAGAGAAUAAAAUAACUCCUGAAGUAGUAGACGAAUCUAAUGAGGUUGCAGAGGUGUCAGGUAAUUUGGAGAGCCAUAUUGUAGAAGCACUAAAUAAUGAAACUCCAGUCGAUGACAAUAAUACGAAUGAAAACGGCGGCGAUAACCAGAUUGAAGACACAAAUCCUAUAUCAACCGUGGUCACAGAUACUGCUAUCGAAAAUUCUAUUAAUAAUGCACAGUUACGUUUGGAACCAGAUGAACAAGUUCAAAUACAAGCACAAAGUGCAUUAGAAGAAAAUAUAGCUGUAGUCGAUAGCAUUGCAACUACCACUGCCACUGUCGCAUAAAAGCAUCAAUUGAUCCAUAAAAAGAAAAGAAACAUCAAAUAGCAGUUAUUUACCGGCUUUAGCAUGGCUACUAAUAGUAAGCAAGAACAAAUAUGGAAUUAAUUAUCUACAUUCACAUCUCAUAUAAAAGACGAUAACUGGGCUAAUCGACUUUGAUUAUUCUGAAACAACUCAUUCAAUUACCGGUAUAGAUCAACGCAUUUAAGUGAAUAACUGAAUUAGAUUUACAAAGUAUGAAAUGAGAUGUGCUAAAAAAACUUCUGCAACAAUUGCAUUUAAUACAAAAUUUCCAA